CCUAGAACAGGAUGAAGAAAAUGGCUGAUCGAAAUAGAAGAGAGUUAAAAUUUAAGGUAGGAGAUGAAGUCUACUUGAAAUUGAGACCUUACCGGCAACGCUCCUUGGCUCGGAAGAAGUGUGAAAAGUUAGCACCUAAAUAUUACGGACCCUACAAAAUUACUGAAGAAAUAGGAGCAGUUGCGUACAGAUUGAUGUUACCGCCGGAAGCCAGUAUCCACAAUGUGUUCCAUAUUUCUCAGUUAAAACUGAAACUGGGUAGUCAACAAGCUGUUCAACACCAGCAACCUAGGCUAACGGAAGAGUUUGAGUUACAAUUAUGGCCGGAAACAGUGUUGGGAGUCCGUUGGAAUCGGGAAUUGGGAGGAAAUGAAUGGUUAAUUAAGUGGAAAGGGCUGCCGGACAGUGAAACAACUUGGGAAUCUGUUUUCCAAAUGAACCAACAAUUCCCUGACUUUCACCUUGAGGACAAGGUGAACCUGGAACCGAGGGGUAUUGUAAGGCCCCCUAUUAUCCAUACAUACAAAAGGAGGGGUAAAAACGUAAAAGCUCACGCAGCAGAAAAGGGGAGAAUAUUAGGAAAAGAACAUGAGAGUGGGGCCCACGGGGAAGAAUGAGAAAAGAGCUAUAAAUAGGCCUUAUCGGGA